CUGCCCCCCCCCCCCCAAGCUGGAUCAAAGCUGAUUGGCUGAGCCAGCGGGGGGCGUUGUUUGAAUUUCAGUCAGGAGUGUGUGGCGUUUGUAGCUUUUCGGGCAGUUAUAUCGGCUUCCAGUAUUUCAAGUUGAAAACUAGUGUUGAACCUAACAGCAAUGCGUCAUAAUUCAUCUGCCAGCCGUAGGAAGGGUAAAACCCCUCAACGGCGCCCCCAAGUGCCAGCCCAAAGGACCUCCAGUGUAACAUCCCCAAGACGCAGUGGAGUUCCAGGACAGCCUCCUGUUUCCCCCAAGAAGAGGAAAUUUCGACCAGGAACCAGAGCUUUGAUGGAGAUCCGCAAGUACCAGAAAAGCACAGAUCUCCUCCUUAGAAAGGCGCCCUUUGCCCGUUUGGUUCAUGAGGUGUGCCAAAGCUUUUCUAAAGAAAGGCUCCGAUGGCAGGUUUAUGCUCUUCUGGCCCUCCAAGAGGCUGCAGAGGCUUUUCUCGUCUUGAUAUUUUCAGAUGCCAACCUGUGUGCCAUCCACGCCAAGAGAGUCACUGUAUUCCCUCGUGACAUUCAGCUAGCCCGGAGGAUCCGUGGGGUGGAUAAUCUGUAAUUCCUAAUCCUAUAACAGAAAUACAUUUGUUUCAUUUUGAUUUAGUUUAAAUUACAACUGUUAUAUUAAAGGUUUUCUAAUUGUAUGCUACAAUGUGGAGAGUUGAGGUUUGGUUCCUUUUCACACGUUGACUUAAAACAAAUGGCAACCAAUGAAACCAGAACCUUGUUCAGUCCCGUCCCCCCCCCCACCUUUUUUUUUUUUUUUUUUUGGUAAACAUUGGUGAGGGGUUUUACUUUGCAGAAUAUAUUUAAUGUGUUCGUGUGAUCACUGUUCUUUUUGUAAUAUUUGAUAUGCUGUUAAUGUGUAUAUAUUGUUGUACGUUGUAUUAAACUUAUAUUCUUUUUUUCUAC